AUGUGCCUGAGCUGGUUCAUACACAACAUUUCUCCAUUCCAUUCCUGGAGCUAUGUCGUCAGCCUGUCAGUGCUGUGUACUGUGUGGGUUGCAUACACGGCUCUAACAUGCAGGAGCUUGGCCCUCAAGUUGAGUCUUCUGCUACAGGAGACGAGCCGAGUUCGGGGGGGGCCUGCCAGGAAGCAGGCGAUCUGGGCCGCCCACGUUGUGGGCAUGGAGAUGCUGAUCUGUGCAGUGCUGGGACUGGGCAUAUGCGUCUACGGCAUCUUUUCUGGCCUGUGCCUACGUGCCAUGUGGCGCUAUCGUGGUUCCUCAUCAGAAGCAAACUUGUGGCUCAUGCUCAAGUGGAUAGAGCUUCUUCAGGUGGUCAUCCACAGUGACUGGGUGGUGAACUCACUAGGACUGGGCCUUCUUUCUGGGAUUCUCUGGCAAGUGCAGCCUCCCGAGGAUGACCCGCAGUCCGAACGACUCGCCCGAGGGCUGGUCUCCAUGUCAAGCUCGCUGAGCCCCAGCGAACAGGAAGUCUACCACCAGGUAGUGAAGCAGAUAGCAAGCCGGGGCCUUCGCCUUGGCACGCUUCUCAGCUUCUGGGAACAACUUCAGCUCCAGGGCGAGGUAAUGCCGGGCUUUGAUCCGCGACGCUCCGUGACCAACGAUGUGGUGCGGCGUGUCAGGCGUGUCAUCAUCCCGGAAUCGCGAGUUGGAAACCAUGGCUGUGCCCUGGCAAGUCUAUGGUCUGGAGCCGAGACGAAGCCGCACGUUAUGGUCACGCACAACUGGACCAACGGCUUUGGAAGCCUCGUCUCGGCAAUCCUUGCGGAUGCUUUGGGACAGGCUUCCUAUGACGAGGUUGUUGCUCAGAUCGCCACCUCUUGA